AUGAAACGUGGUUUUUCCGACAAACCUGUGUACUCGAAGGCCUCACCUGCACUGAGAGAAUAUAAGGAACUCCUGAAGAAAAUAAAAGAGGUACCUACGAAUCCUGACGACAUAGUUGUAAGUGAUGAGGGUGACCAACCAGCUGACCUAAGUGAGUUAAGUAGUGAGGAAUACGCUGACCGUGAGAAUAUUGAGUUAAUAGAUAUAAGUGCAAAAUUAGGAGAUCUUCCAGGGUUAACAAUGCAAGAAAACAAUGAACUAAGAGGUGUUCUUAACCCACCUGAUGGAUCAAGUAUAGAAGGUAGAACAGGUCCCAAUGGAGCAUUGCAAAUUCAGGCUGACUAAUGAAGCUAUUGGUGAAACCGUGGAACGCGCCACCUCUGCGGAAGGUACAACUGAGUAUAAUUCCCUCCUAGAAAGAAUUGACAGUUUGAAGGAAGCUAGAGAUAGGACACUAGAGCAGAGAACAGUAGAGGAAGCAAGAGAGGCACAGUUGGAAGAUAUUUCUAGAUUACGUAGAUUUAUAGACUGGGUAGGAAAGGAAAAGGUGGGACUUGUAGGGAUAGCAGUGUCAACAGCUAGUUUAAUUACAGCCCUAUUAAUCCAUGCUAGGGGAGCCAUUGUUAAGACAGCAAAGACCACUAGUAAAGUAGCAAAAGCAUUAGCAAAUUUAGCAAAGAAAGCAGGACCAAUUCUAGUUCCAAUCCUGAACGCAGUUGCAACAGCGCUAUCCUGGGGAGCCAAAGGAAUUGCCUGGCUAGCGUCUAAUUUAUGGGUACUAGCUGUAGCUGCGGCCUUAAUAGUAUAUAAUUAUUACACAAAGUAA